CCUCCCUGCGGCCGCUCCUUUUUCUGGGAGUCUGGGCUCCUUCCCUAUCGCCUGCCCCGCCCAGGCGGCUGCCCGUGACCUGCCUGGGCGCAGGGAACGGAAAGCCGGAAGGGGCAAGACGAGUUCGGUUCGCCAUGGGGCUGUUUGGGAAAACCCAGGAGAAGCCGCCCAAAGAGCUGGUCAAUGAAUGGUCAUUGAAGAUAAGAAAGGAAAUGAGAGUUGUUGACAGGCAAAUAAGAGAUAUCCAAAGAGAAGAAGAAAAAGUGAAACGGUCAGUGAGAGAUGCUGCCAAGAAGGGUCAGAAGGACGUCUGUGUGGUGCUAGCCAAGGAGAUGAUCAGGUCAAGGAAGGCCGUGAGCAAGCUCUACGCUUCCAAAGCGCACAUGAACUCCGUGCUCAUGGGGAUGAAGAACCAGCUGGCGGUUUUGCGAGUGGCUGGUUCCCUGCAGAAGAGCACAGAAGUGAUGAAGGCCAUGCAGAGUCUUGUGAAGAUCCCAGAAAUCCAGGCCACCAUGAGAGAGCUAUCCAAAGAGAUGAUGAAGGCUGGUAUCAUAGAAGAAAUGUUAGAGGAUACUUUUGAAAGCAUGGAUGAUCAGGAAGAAAUGGAAGAAGCAGCAGAAAUGGAAAUUGACAAAAUUCUUUUUGAAAUCACAGCAGGGGCGUUGGGCAAAGCACCUAGUAAAGUGACCGACGCCCUUCCAGAGCCGGAACCUCCAGGAGCCAUGGCAGCAUCAGAAGAUGAGGAGGAGGAGGAGGCCCUGGAGGCCAUGCAGUCCCGGCUGGCCACACUCCGCAGCUAGGGGCCGCCCCGCCGGGCCCUCGCGCUCCUUCCCUGCCCGCCUGCCAGGAGCCGGCACACUCCUCUGAAGCGGCCACCAUUUUAUGUGUCUCUUGCACUACACCUCUGAACGAGCACUGCGUUCUGAGAAGGUUCUCUGCUCAUAUCUCUCCAUCUUUGCCGAGGUUUUGGGAUCUCAACGGGUUUGUCCUUGAGAGGUGGGGUUAUACAUAGAAGUAUCUUUUGGGGGGGCAAAGGAAUCAGUCUUCUCGCAGUGCAUCAUCUUCAGGAAUAUAGACAGAAGUUUCUUUUGGAGGAAAGGGCAAAGGAAUCGGUCUCUCCAGAAGCACUUCUGAAAUUAGAGUUGAUUGCCUGAAUGUUGAGAAUUCUAUCUUUUUUGUCCCUAAAACACUAUAUAAAGUGGAUUUUAAUAAAUUUCUGCUUUAACACUU